AUGGACCAGGGAAAUUAUUCUAGGGUGGCUGAGUUCGUGUUGCUGGGUCUCUGCAGUUCCCGAGAGCUCCAAUAUUACUUCUUGGUGUUUUUUAACUUCUUGUACAUUGCCAUUGUGCUGGGAAAUCUCCUCAUUGUCCUCACAGUAAUUUCUGAACCUACCCUGCACACACCCAUGUAUAUCAUGCUCAGUAACCUUUCCAUUCUUGACGUGUUUCUGGCCACUUAUGCAACUCCCAAAAUGAUCCAUGAUUUCCUCCAUGAACACAAGACCAUUUCCUUUGAGGGCUGCAUGGCCCAGAUAUUCUUGCUCCAUGUCUUUGCCGGUGGGGAAAUGAUGCUCCUUGUAGCCAUGGCAUAUGACAGGUAUGUAGCUAUAUGCAAACCCCUCCAUUAUGCAACCAUCAUGAACUUGUGCAAAUGUACAGGCCUAGUUGUAGGAUCUUGGGUCAUUGGGGUUAUGCACUCUCUGAGCCAGUUGGUUUUCACUGUAAACUUACCUUUCUGUGGCCCAAAUAUAGUGGAUAGUUAUUAUUGUGACCUUACUCUGGUCAUCAAACUUGCCUGUACAGAUACUUAUGUUCCUGAAGUUUUGAUGCUUUUGGGCAGUGGUCUAAUGGGGCUGACUUCAUUCUUACUCUUGCUCAUCUCCUACACGGUCAUCCUGGUCAUUGUGCAACGUCGAUCUUCAACAGGCAUGGCCAAGGCCCGCAGCACCCUGACAGCCCACAUCACUGUGGAGACCCUCUUCUUUGGGCCCUGCAUCUUCAUCUAUGCCUGGCCUUUCAGCAAUUUCCCGGUGGAUAAGGUCGUUUCUGUGUUCUCUACAGUUUUCACACCUAUAUUAAAUCCCAUUAUUUACACAUUGAGAAACGAAGAGGUGAAAUCAGCAAUGCAUAAACUGAAGGGCAGGUACAUAAGGUCCAGGCUCCCUUUCCAACAGUCUUUCACAGAGUAGAUUUGUUGAACUGAGUGGACAGAAGGAGGUGGGUAAAUGUAGAUUUUACCUUAUUCUUGUGACCAUUAUUAUUUUUAGCUCAUUUGUUUACAAUGAUAAAUGCAAUGUAUGUUUUUAGUUAAAUAUUUGUAUUAAAUAAGCCUAUACAUUUUUUAUACAUGAUUAUGCAAUCUCUAACUAUAUGUAUAUGUAAUAUUUGCUAUAGUAUCUAUACAGUGAUGCUAUCAGUCAGAAUCGACUCAGUGACAAGUUACGUUUUUGCUUUAUAGUAUCUUUAAAAUAUU